UCGGGCGUGGGAUUCUUGUACGAGUGGUUUGCAGGACAGAAGAUGGCUUCCGCUAGACUUCUGUGUGUUGUUAGGCAGGACUUUUACCAGCAAGUGCACGGUGUGUUGAGAAGGAACCUACUCCGAAAACAACAAAUUAAACCCCUGAUAUGUCCAUGUAGUUUUUAUUCCUCACUUACCAAAGAUUUCUCAGAAGCCCGAGUAGAAGUCAGAGAUGGCCUCUCGGUGUUUACAGUGCCUUUACCAUCCCGAAGAGAAAACUGUGAAUUCACGCUUAAACCAGUGUCUCAGACAGUGGGGGAUCUACUCAAUUACAUGACACAAGAAGAUGGGGGCAUUGACAGGGCAGCUGUGUACACUGAUGAUGGUGUAAGGAUAUCCAGGUCCACAACCAUAGAUGUCCUACUGAGGCAUAACUUCAAACUCGUCGUUAACAGCACAGAGUAUGAUAUCAAAGCUCCAGAGGGAUUCCAAGCUACCACCAGUGAGGACCUGAAGGAGCUGUCUGAUGCCAAGAACUUAAUCGCCCACCUCUACUCAUCAAUGAAUGUAGAACAACAUCAGAUAGAGCAAGAGAAAGAACUCCUUAAGAAACUAGAACACCUGAAGAUGGAGUUAGCUCCCAUGGAAGAGAAAAUGAACAAGCUGAAUGCUGUGGCUCAGCGGCGGACCUCGUUCUUGUCAUGGGCGGGACUUGCAGCUAUGGGGGUCCAGUUUGGGUUCCUGGCCCGCCUGACUUGGUGGGACUACUCCUGGGAUAUCAUGGAACCGGUCACCUACUUCGUGACCUAUGGCACCACCAUGGCAAUGUUUGCAUAUUUUGUUCUCACUAAACAGGAAUAUAACUUUGUGGAAGUCAAAGACCGACAGCAUUUACUCUCCAUUCACGGCAACGCCAAGAAGGAGGGAGUGGACAUCAGCAAGUACAAUGAGCUCAAGGAGGCCUCGGCCAAACUGGAGUACGACAUCCGGCGACUGAGGGACCCCCUGCAGCUUCACGUACCCAUGCUGAAUCCGUCCAAAGACAGCAGUCAGUGAUCACCAUGUUCCUGUGUCAGCGGGCAUUAGUCUUAGCAGUUGAGAGGAUAGGCUGGGUUGAUAGUUAGUCUGGUCAAAUAGCAUAAGAAUAUACACCUUCAAUAAUAUAGUCAAUUAUCUUCUCUAACUCUCCCUGUAGCCUAUGUUAUUUUUUCUUGUUAAUUUUGGUAACUGAUUUUUAAUGAAGUUUUUUUCCACUCGGGACUGAUAUAUAUUUUUCUUUUUUAAUGUCAAAGUAGAAAGUGUUAAGUUGGAGAGAAUUAAUUUAAACUGACUGAACAAACCUGUGAUAAGACAGUCCUGUUGGUAGCUCGCCACUUCUUUAGGGGAACAGUCUUAAAACCUGUUAAAUCCCUUGGCCAUAGUAAAGAGAGAAAAACUCGAUCUAUCAGCAGACAAGUUUGGGAUUAGUAGAGGCAGCAAUAUAUCAAAUAAUCAGCUAUUGAUUUUGAUAGCAGUUAUUAUUAACCUUGUGUUGUGAACAAAGAAAUCAAAGUUUUUGAAAAGAGGAAUUUCUAGGCUUUUUUCAUAGAAUAACAAACAGCAAUUGCAGGGUUUAAAUGUUAACUUACAGCAUGUAAAAGAGAAGUGGUUUUGGUUUUUUUCUCCCAAAAGAACAAUAGUAUGAGAAAAUUAAGUCAUUUUCUUUUCUGACAUGAAAAGGAUUUCAACAAAGGUUGGACAAUUGUGCUUUUGUUUUAAGCAGUGAUAUAAUUGGCCUGUCAGCGUCCAAUCAGAUUUCGUAUUUUCGACGACCUUCCCCUCCCUGAUGGUCCUGACUAGCUCUUGGUUGUCUGUGAUUAUUUCAUGUGAUAGGAUGUGUGCUUGUCCAAACAGUGCCUGGUUAUAAUGAUGGUGUGUAUUAAAGCUCUCUCCCUUUCACUCCAUCCCUCAAAACAAGAAUAAAAUGGAGAGAGAAUUAACUAAGUUAAGCAAUCACUAAUGAAUUAAAAGAGAGAGAAGUUCCAUUUGCAAAGUUUCAGACUCGAGUUGAGUUUAAGUUCUUUGUUCUUGAAUUGAAAUCAUAGUUAUCCUCCUUAUUCCAAGAAUAAUCUCUUGUACUGUCGAUGUUAAAGAAAAUAAAUUCUACUUAAUUCUUUUUUGUGAAAGAUCAAAGUUCCGUUUUAUGCAAUUUAUGCAUUUUUUAAAAUUAUUUUCCUGUUAAUCUGUAUGUAAGCAUGUAUAUUUUAUUAUAUUCUUUAAACUCCACAAAUACACUGUACAAUCAAUUUAAAUGCAUUAUUUUUUCUGUUAAGCUAUAUGUAGCUUGUAUAUUUAUAUGAUAUUCUUUAAACUCCACAAAUUGUCCAAUCAUUUUAAAAGAAAGUAUAUAACAGAGGUUUGGAUUAUUUUUCAUAUAAAAAAUCAACUUUUUGCAUUGUAUGUAUGUUGAGUUGUUCUUCAUAUACUUCUGAAUUGUGCUUUGAUGCUCAUUAACUGCAGUAUUCAAAUUUUUAAUAUUAAAGCAUUUUUUAAAAUGUACAAUUGCUUAUAUGGAGAUUAAUCUUACAAAUCUGUACUUAUUGCUUCAGAGAACUGAGCUGUAAACAAAGAAUAUCGCUAUAGCUAUGUACCUUGUAUACACCUUUUAUUAAAUAUUGGAUGGAUGAGGUCAAUAUAAUGGUUUGUGUAGUUAAGGGUAAACGUUAGUAGAAUUAAGUAUAACAAUAGUAUCAUAGCCAAUUUUUAUGAGCACCCACUUUGAUAUAUAUCAUAGUUUUUGCAUGAACCAUUAACUGACUGUAGUAGCAGUAACACACACAUACUAGUACAUGUACUUCAAAACUAUUGGAUUAACAUAUCAUUGUUUAGAAUUACAUGUUGUUUGAGAAUCCACUUUAAAUUAUUCAUAUGAAUAUAUCUAGAAUUUGCUUGGAAAUAUCCAAACUGUGCUUGGAAUUCAUUUGGGUCAAUCAAUGAUGUUUUGAGGAAUCUGCUUAGAAAUAUUCAAACCCUAACCCUGUGCUUGGGAAUCCAUUUGGAUUCAUUCAGAAAGUGCAAUGGAAUCUACAUGGAAAUACCCAGACUGUGCUUGGGGAUCCAUUUGGAUAUAUCCAGAAAUGAGAAUGUGCUAAAGAGUCCACUUGGAAAUACCAGUAUUCAAACUGUGCUUGACCUGUUCAGAAUUUGCUUAAGAACCCUAACUGUGAAGUUAUCACAACUUUUUGAAGUCACUGCCUACAUCUAGGACCGAUGUUGUGUGUUAGUUAGCAUUGUGUGAAUAAUACACUAACGAAAUUAAUUUUGACCUGCACUGUUGUGCAUGAAUCCAGCACAAUGUGAUACAGACCGAGAUAUUUUUCUACACCUCCUCUCAUUGUAAAUCAAGUCCACCGUGUCAUCUGAGACGAUAUAGAUGGCUCUAUCAAUUUCGCCCGUUUUAAGCGAUAGUUAGAAAUUUCCCGGUUCAUUUUUCUGUGACUUGUUUCAAUGUUUCUAUUGUUAGACCAAUACCUUUGUUGUUAUUUAUUCUUUCCAUUCCUUUUGUAGGAUGUAUUCGUAUUUAAUCCCUUUUUGUUCCGCACCCUAUAAACUUGCACCCUUCUCCUCACUGUACGUCUUCUGACUGGGUUGUGGGGGUAUUUAUAGAAAUAUUUAUAUAUACACUAGUGUCUCAAAUCAUUUGUCCUUUAUGUGUUAGACUAAUUAAGAUUGAAAAAAAAAAUGUGGAAAAAUAAAGGUUUACUAUAAAA